UCCCCUGAAGAACAAUGUGGGGCUGGGUGGCUGUGUGAGCACCUGUUUGCUGCUUGCAGGCUGUCACCAUGAGGGAGCAGCGCUAAGUGGAUGUGACUGCUCUGAUUGCACUCCGCGGGAAAGCGAGAAGAAAUAGCCUACCUCUGAUCAUCAACGCGUCAUAUAAUGUUUCAGCGGACGCCCCUCCCCCUGUCUCGUUUUUUCCCCUCACUCAACCUCUCCUUUGACUCACAGAGGCGGCUCACCACUGGUGCACGGACCGUGGAGAAUACGGGCAGAAGAUGGCUGACUUAGCCGGGCACCGCAAGCCCUCGGCGGCAUCGCCAGCGUCACACGGGCCGCUGAAAAGCUGCAAGACAUCCGCCGUCUGGCGACUGUAAACAGCUGCCGCUGCCUCUCUCACCCCCUCCUCUCCCUUCCUCACCGCAAAUAUUGACAGAAGUAUCACAGAGAAAACAUGGCAGAGAUGGAAAAAGAGGGCAGACCUCCGGAAAAUAAAAGAAGCCGAAAACCAGCUCACCCGGUGAAAAGGGAGAUAAAUGAAGAGAUGAAGAGUUUUGCAGAGAACACCAUGAACGAGCUGCUGGGCUGGUACGGCUAUGACAAGGUGGAGCUGAGAGACUCUGACAACCUGGACAUCGGGGAGACGCCACAGCACAUCUCUGUCCUCAAAGAGAACUUGUUGCCAAAAAUCCCACCUUCAACAGAGAGUGGUGAAGGCUCUCCGGAUCGAGCCAACAGCUCCCAGUCUUUGCCAGCGUCCAGGAACGGAGUCACAGAGCCGUCCACCUCCACGCCCAUCACCAAGGAGCAUGGCAACCUGCCCAUCAUUGUCCCCAUGAUCCCCCCACCACUGAUCAAGCCCCCUGCAGAUGAAGAUGCAUCCAAUGUGCAGAUCAUGUGCGCCUGGUGCCAGAAGGUUGGUGUCAAACGCUAUUCUCUGAGCAUGGGGAGUGAGCUGAAGAGCUUCUGCAGUGAGAAGUGCUUCGCCGCCUGCCGUAGAGCCUAUUUUAAGAGAAAUAAGCUGGGAUAUGUAAGGAAUUACGCUGCGAGAGACGACGAUGGCCUCGGUGGGAAAUUACCCCAGCACAGCUUUACUCAGGACACGCCCAGGCUUGUCUUCAAGACAAACAGCGAUGUGCUUGUGUGUGACUGGUGCAAACAUAUUCGCCACACUAAGGAGUACCUGGACUUUGGUGCUGGUGAGCGAAGGCUGCAGUUCUGCAGUGCCAAAUGUCUGAACCAAUAUAAGAUGGACAUUUUCUACAAGGAGACCCAGGCUGCGCUGCCUGGAGCACUGUGUAACCCAGGACAUGGGACUGGUGGGGAUGGUAAGCUGGAGUGUGGUGGAGGGGUACAGCUGCUCACUCCUGAAUCUUGGGGAACGCCAUUAACGGACCUCCGUCGUAAAGCUCCGUCACCAGGGGGGCCUUCCACCACCUCUGCUUUGGCCCCUUCCACUUCCUCUGCCACCUCGCCCUCAGACACUGCUGCCCUCUGCUCCCCAUCCUCUUCCUCCUCAAACAAGAUCCCCACACCCAGGCCCCACGAGAGCCCCACACUUCCCCCUCCGCCUGUUCCCAGUUUGCACCCACCUGUCGGGGUUCCCUCUGGUAGUCCUCCCAUGGUGAUGACACCCCGGGGACCCAUGCCCCUGCCCCUGUUCAUGGAGCAUCAAAUGAUGCAGCAUAUCCGUCCACCAUUUCUUCGUCCCUCUGCCCACCCAGCAGGGCCCAAUAGCCCCUUGUCAAACCCUAUUAUCCCUGGUAUUGGUCCACCACCUCCCCCUAGGACCAUUGGUCCAGCAUCAAGCCCCAUGCACAGGCCCCUGCUGUCUCCACAUGUCCACCCCUCAUCCAAUCCAAACCCUGGCAUGAUGCCUCCCCAUCCUGGACUCUCCAUGCCGGGCAUGCCCCCUUUCCCACCAAUCAACAUGAUGCCCAAUGGACGCAUUCCUCUGCCCCCAAUGAUGAACUUUGGCAUGCCAUCCUUAGCCCCUUUGGUACCCCCACCAACUCUCUUGGUCCCUUACCCUGUCAUUGUACCCCUCCCAGUCCCAAUUCCUAUUCCAAUCCCAAUUCCCUUCAGUCCCAAAGCUUCCAGGGACCAGCCGGAGAGAAGUGGCUCCGUCCGAAGUGCUCCAGAGUCCUCUGAAGCUUCAGCUUCUAGGCUCCACUCUCCAGGUUCCUCUGGAGGUGACAGAGGGGAGCAGAAAGUAGAGCCCGCUGGUACAGAGCAUCUCUCUCCUGUACGCUCUGAGAGAAGCAGGACAGCGUUGGUGGACUUGACUGUGAAGGCAGAGGACAAUUCGGGCAACCUGUGUCUAAGCAGCGGCCCCGGACCGAUGGAUGGAGUGAUUGAUCUAACGGUGGGCCAGAGGUCAUGCCAACAGCAGGUAAUUCAGAGGAUGCUACCUGGGGUCCAGGUCAAAGUAGAGGCAGAGGCUGACUCAAGAUCUCCACCAGCUACUGGGUUGGGGAGGGAAGGGAAGGGUAGUCGUGAUGGGGGGGAAGGGGCCCUCUCACAUGGCCUCCUCAGUGCUACAGAGCUGGAAGGGGCCCCACUCCCAAGCACACUGGAAUCAUCAGGCCCACCCUCCAGCAACAGCAGCCCUUCUUGCAAUGCAGAUCCUCCAGUGAGCCUGCUAAAUCCCUGUAUCUCCAAUCUUACCCCACCACCCUUACCUAGCACAGCACGGACCCAGCCACAACCCCUGCCCCAGCUCCAAACUAGCCCUGCUGCCCCAUGUAAUGUCAUAGUCAAUGGUACGGGAUGGCAUUCGCUUCCCCCUCCUGCCUUUGAGUCUUGCCCUGACCGGAUAGGAGACAGCGUUACAGGAGAAGGAGAGGCAGAGGAGCAGCCAGCCAAUGGUGAGCUAGAGCGUGAAGCACUGAAAGAGAACAAUUGCUCGGUCGGAGAUUGGGAGCCGGGGAGGCGGGGCCCAGUGCAAGACGAGAUGGCGGACACAGUGGAGGGUAAGCCAGACCCUGACUCCAACUUGGAGGAGGGUGAGCACGCCUAUGCCCUGCCACUGCUGUCUACCGGAGGCUGUGUUGUCAUCCAGCCUGUGCCAAAGCCCAGCGCUGACAAGACAGCCAUCCUGUCCUGCUCCAUCAGUGCCCCUGUAUCAGCAGCCGGGAGCCCCGAGUUGGAGCCGCCACUGAAGAGGAGGUGUCUGCGAAUCCGCAAUCAAAACAAAUGAGAUGGACGCUCUGAGGACCACAGUGCCAUCAAUGACACUCACUUGUCCACCCCCACCUCCAAAUCCCACUCCUCCCAACUACACCACCGCACGCGUGCACACACAAACAAUUUUCUCGUCCUCACUCAUCGUCCAGUCUACCAGCACCACAAAUCGCCUUUGACGACUGAUGAGAGUCCAAUCAAACAUGUUGAUGUGUAUCAUAGUAGAGCGGACAGGACUCCUUUUGUCCGUGUGACAGACACUCUGAUGGACUGAACUUCUACAGACUUGAUGUCAUGGCCAGCAGGAUCACUUGAUCUUUGAACUGCAGACAGUGUCCCUGCAACAGGAGGACUUUACCCCGCUGCUUCUCUCCUCAUUUAGAGACUCUCAGCCCACACUGGCUCUUAUAGCUUAUCCACUCUCCCCUAUCAACCCAAAUGCUCCCCGAAUUGUCUGUUACUAUGGAACACACUAUGAGCUGCUGCUGGGACAUAGUGAAGGAGCCCCAUGGAGAGAUUUCCAUCCCUCAGUGAAAUGCUCCUAUUUCGGUCCAACCUAGUGCCACACCACAGGUACAAAAUCUCUGCUCCAGUAAGUGUUAUUUUUUCUCACAAGGCUUGUCACUAAGGUAUAGACUGGUUUCAUAAUGUUUCGAUUGUAGAGCCACAGAGCUGGCAAAAAUGGCAGAAAUUCUGUUGUAUUUUCUUGGCCUUUGCUUGUGCACAACCAGCAAAAAUGUACUUGCCAACCUAACGUGUUCUGGGUGAUUGUGAUGCGUGGUAGCUAAAAAGAAGCACAAGCAUGAAUACUGUUAAUGUAAUAUGACUGAAGGACAAUUUAAAAAGGUAUUUCAAUCAGAGGCUGCAAAACAGUCCUUGGACAUAAAAUCACCAAUUCUGUUGAGAGUUAUUCCGACUUAUUCAGUAAACUAAAGGAUCAAAUGUUCACCAGCAAUUAAUUUUCCUGUGGCAUCCCUUGGUUUGGUCUUAAAGUUCAUUGAACCUCAAUAUUUAUUGUUGCAUAGAAUGAGACAGAAUCAUGAUAAUCAUUCAUUCUACUGAGAGUUUUGCACCCUCGAGAAUGCAGAGUAUGCUUAUACAGUAAGUCGUGCUAGUAACAGUAAUGCUGCUGUUUCAAAGCUUACUGCACCUCCAAAAGAACUGGGAUGACAUGGCAAUGUAGAAACUCUGCCAACCUGCAAUGGGUACUUGCUACCGCAAGCUAGUUCUAAAUCUUUUCGACCGGUGAUGUUCCUGUAAUGGGUUAGUUUGAGACUGGCUGCACUGAAUUUGAAGGGGGCAGAGGGAAGCCAGCUCUUUCAUAAAUAAUUCUGUUGGGACCUUGAGGAAACUUGCUGAAGUAAUACUACAGAUAUAUUUCUACAAUAAACACACCAAGGAAAAACUCAAUUUGGAAAUAAUUUGAGAAAUAUUUAAAAUGUUGCCUCUUGGUUGUCCACCAAUCCUGCCAAGUUGCUUUAAUUUUAGUUUUAAGCCAAAUUUAAAGCCAGUGUUUUCCUUGAUUCAGUGUCAUGCUCUGUGUACAGCUUUUUGGGCACUUUAAGUAAAUGCAACACAACUGUCACCCAUCCAGUUUGAUCUGAUCUAGUUACACUGCAGCUUAAGCCUGUGAGCUAGGACUCCAUCAAACAAAGCCAGCAUUUAGUUUACACUCCUAUGGAGGAGGUACAUUGUACCAGUGCAAGACAAGGUAUUAUCAUAUGCCAAAGGCCUCUGGUGUGUUGAAGCAAAACAUGUCACCUAGUUUUCAGUGGAAAUGGGAUUUCAAACUGAAGAUUUGACCAGAUAAUUUAUAGUUGCCAAAAUAACAAGCACUUAUUUAAAAAAAAAAAAAAGGAAGAUACAGGACAACAAGUGGAUAUCAAAAGCAGCAUUACUCUGUUGUCUCUCUUUGUGGUUUAUUCAAUCUAUAAAGGCCUAUGCCGUGUCACACUGCAAGUAAGGUGAAAUACAAAUCUGGCUUAAAAUUUUAAUAUGGGAUUUAAUCAUGAGUUACAUUAGAUGUACAUCGCUUUGCAGUCCUAUCUCACUGUUUUUCCUGUAGCCUUUGUUUAAGUUAAUUCUGUCUUGGUGAGACAUUGUGUGAUUAUUUCUGUGUCCAAAUGAGGCCCCACAUUUACUCAUACACAUAUUCACACAUACCUAUAGUACUCAUACUCAUACUCAUGUCACACACACAAUUCACAUAGUAAAUUUAACUGGGUGUACGUGUGUGUGUGUGUGUGUGUGUGUGUGUCAGGCAGGUGCAAGCAGAGAGCCCAGUUGAGAUUACAGAGUGUUGACUCAGAGUAAGCAGUGUGCAACUCUAUCUGUUGCCUGUUAGUCAGGCAUUUAGGCUUAGCUUGCCGCUUGCCAAGGCCCAGCUUUGGUGUCACUUUAAGCAUUUCCUUGCCCCUGCUUCAUUUCUCUCCAAGCAAAGGCAGUGAAAAUGCUCUUUUUAAGCUGCCUGUUCCAUCUGCCUGUUGCCAAAUUGCAUUUGUCCAUAGGUAGAGAUGUUCCUUUCUGUAAUUUUUUCCCAGAUAUCCAUAAACACAGCAUUUUUAAAAUUACAGUUCAUAUCAGAAGAAUAGAAAUGGAAAAAAAAAAGUGAGAUUUCCCCAUCCAACCGUCAGUUGUCUCAUGCAGAAUCUUACUAGUGGCAGAACAGAAAUCAGGACUGAAGUAACCGAGAAAUGGGACACUGUAGUUUCUGUGGCUGUGCUGUCUAAAAAUGUGGGAGUCAUAUAAAACCAGGGCCAUGGCUAGGAUUUCAGUGGUCAUGAGCCCCGCAACACCGCCCUCACCAAUUUGACCAGGAAACAAAAAGAAUAAUCUCAGUUACUUCAGUUUUUUAUAUAUUAUUUAUUCAGUCAACUGUAAAGUUAUUCUUUAUGUAAAUGUUAUUUCUUAUCAAACUUUUUAUAUUUUAUAUUUAUUAUUAUGUAAAGUCCCCCCUGGUUGCAAAAACAUAGAGGAAAUGCCCUCAGUAUGUUUACUUGUAGCUACAACCCUGUACAAAACUGAGCCACUGAUACAGCUCAGGCCAGGCUACAGUUUGCUGUUUGUUAGUGAACCUGCACCACGCAGUUAAAAGAAGGUGGGAGAAGACUGUUCUGUUGGUUUUCAAAAUGAUCAAUGUGUCCUGGUUAGCUUGUUUACUGCUCCAACACUUUUGCAUACACUGCAAAAAACAGGAAGACUGACCUUGUAAAAGAAAAGAAAGGAGUCAGUGUUGUUAGUACAUGACAUGUAGACUAAUAAAUUUAUGUCCUGCUAACAGUGGAGACGAAUGAUGGCUGUGUGGGCAGAUUGCCAUAAAAUGUACUGAGCACAUUGAUGUUAAUCAGAGGAUGAACCCCUUGCUAUUUGGACUCUUUAUGAGCUUUCCUCUAGCGCCACCCUCAGGACAUAAUAUCAGCUUUGUACAUGAAAUAUCUAAAGCUAAUGAAUGGCCAGAAAGAAAUAGUUCACCUUUUGGCAAAUACACUUAUUUGCUCUCUUGAGUGAAAUUAAUAAUAAAUAAUAAAGACUGGAAACGGGGGGGGGGCUAGCCUGGUUCUGUCCAAAGGUAGAAACAAACCUACCGACACCUCUAAGGCUCACUGCACAUUAGGCUAUAUCUUGUCUGUUACCACAGCUAAGCUUGUGUAUUUCCCAGAUGUCUGUUCUGUACAUUUGCUCCCCAGAGGACAAAAGUGAAUUGUUUUGGUGACCUUUUCCUGACCCUUCUUCUUGGCUAAGUCUCCAGUCACUUUCUCUACCAGAAAUGUUACACUGAUUUACAAAGGUGAAGGGGGCUUCAUUUUUGAUGAGGAACUAACCAAAUUCUUUUAUCAUGUCUGCUUUUUCUCCUGCCUGACACUUUCACACACACAUUCAGACACACACAGACAAAACAACAUGCAUGUUAUGUCUGACCCUAAUCUGCACCAUGUUGUGUUGGCGUUGCAAACGGUAUACAGUCCAUGUCUGAGGCAGAUAUUGAUGACAUGAGAGCCUAACUCUCAAGUGGAAAUCCUGGACCACUGAAUCAGUCUCGGUGAUGGCAAACAGACUUGUGACAAAUCUCCAGCAUUCCUUUUUUGAUGAUGGACUACAGGCCUGGUCAGCAGCCUGAAUUAUGCAAUGACAACUAACUCCAACCCUAAUAUAGACGCGUGGUCCACAGACAAAAUAAAACAUGACAUGACUUCAUGUUACUUUUCAAAAACAACAGAGAAGUUGCCUUAACUCUUGCUUGUAUAAUCUCUACAGUUAAGACAAUGAUGCUCGCUUGUAAAGAAGACUCCCUUCUUUGUACAAAAUGAAAUAUACCAGAAACAACAACUUUGUUAUCUUGCUAGUGUCAAUGUAUAGAUGAUCAGCUUUUUCUGUAACUUGUAUGAACCCUCACAUUUUUGCUAAGAAGAAACCCUCCUCCUAAAUUCCUUGUUCCUAAACAUCCAAUCUGUUCAACGUUUUAACUUGUGGUGGACUGUCAAUCUUUUUGUGUACAUUUUAUAGUAUUAUUUAUUGUUGACAAGAUUUGCAUUUGCAAAUAAUAAAAAAAAGUGAAGGUGGUUUGACCUGAGCAUUCUAUUCCAAUGUAAAUGCCUGGUGAACAGUGAAAAGCUUUUUUUAAUUAUUAAAAUGGAGAAAACAGUGAUAUGAGGAGAUGAUCUUCUGUCUUUUUAUUAUGACGUUGUAACAUGUACAUAACAUGUGGCCAAAAUUGCUUUGGAAAAUAAUAAUUUUUUGUGUUGUAACAGUAUUUGUUUUAUCCAGUGAAUUGCUCAUGAAGACAAAUAAAUAAGAGGCACACACAA